AUGAAUAGUUGUAUUUUAGAAAACCAACAGAGUGGCAAGCUUGAUGGAAGAGUAGCGAUUGUAACAGGAUCACCCAAAGGAAUUGGUGCUGCUAUUGCCAAACAUCUCGCCCUUGCAGGAGCAUCUACUGUCAUUAACUAUCUAUCGAGUCAACAAGAUGCUGAUCGCGUUGUUAAUGAUAUUGCUAGCAGAGGAGGCAAAGCAAUUUCAAUUCAAGCCGAUGUAAGGGAAGAGGCAGACAUCAAAUGUCUUUUCGUCAGAGUUAAAACAGCCUAUGGUAGGAUUGAUAUUUUGGUCAAUAACGCAGGUGUAUAUGAGUUUCGAUCGAUCGAGAACGUUACAGUUGAACAUUAUCAUAAACACUUCAGCGUCAAUGUGCUUGGUCUUAUCCUGUGCAGUAGAGAAGCUGUAAAAUAUUUUGAUCGUGUCACAAACGGCGCAAUCACCGGCUCCGCAGCUGUGGAUGCAGUAACUGUAGUUCUUGCAAGAGAACUGGGCCCACGCAAAAUACGUGUGAAUGCUAUCAGACUCGGUACGACCAUCGCGGAAAGCAGUCGUGCUGCUGGACUUAUUGGUAGUAGCUUUGAAGCGCAAAUUAUCGCGCAGACACCAUUCGAUCGCCUUGCCCAGUCGGAUGACAUUGCGCGUGCUGCUGUUUUCUUAGCAUCAGAUGAUUUUGCUUGGGCUUCAGGCGAAUCUUUGAGAGUGUAUGGCGGCUCAGUUAAUUGA